AAUCUAUUCAUCCUUCCUAGUUCUAGCUGCCGAUUGGCAGUGGCGAGGCGACAAAUCAGAGUUACAACCAGCCUCUUCCGUCGCCAUUCUAGGGUGCAGCCGAGUUCAAGUAACAGAGGCCAAUGUCAGCAGAAACGUCAAAAAAAUCUGGGCCUCCUAAAAUAGUUACGCUGAAUAACGCAUUGAAACUGGCUGAACAAUUUGUUAGUAAAAUGAGUGGAUCUGCUGAAGAUGAAGCAGUGGAAGUAGAACCAGAAGGUCGGCCAGAUAGGCUUGGACUAGGAGCAAAAGUUCCACGUCAAUCAAAAGUUGGACCCUUUAACGACCCUGUUGAGAGAAAAUUGUAUGCCAAGUUGGAUGCUGGAAAAAGAAAAGCAUCCAAAAACCGUGAGUCCACCUUCCCUUCUGAUAGGGACAGAGUCGAUGAAGAUGAUGAGGAUGAGGAUUUAGAAAGCAGAAGUAGUGCAUUUUCUAGGAAGAGAGCAGUUCCUCUGACUUCACAAUUACAUGAAAAGAAAAAACAAAAGUGACUUGCUGCCUUGAAAGGCCUGAAUGUUGCAAAAUACUACUCCUAAUGACUUGCAAACACUUUUCCCCAACGGAAAUAUGUAAGAAAAAUCUUUUGUUCCUGUGAUCAAUGUGUUAGCAAAUAUAUAUAAUUCUUGUAUGUUAAGAAGUUUUAUUAUAAUGGACCUUGUGUUUGUCUUUGGCCUA